AUGUCUCUGACGUCUGAAGAAGUAUCCAACCGAUAUCCAAUCCAUUGGCUUGUUUGGAAUAACAAUCAUAAUGAGUUGAAAAAUGCUUUGGAAGCCAAUAAGUUUACGUCGGAAGAUAUAGAGAGAAAAGAUCCCCGUGGUCGAACUCCGUUAUUACUGGCUGUGACUCUGGGACACAUUGAGUGUGUACAGGCAUUGAUCAAUGCUGAUGCUGAUGUCAACUGUGAGAAGGACGGAUGGACAGCGGUCCAAGAAGCAACAGCAACUGGCAACCCUGAGUUACUAUCAUUGGUUCUGGGUCGACGGGACUAUCAGAGGCAUGUUGUCCGAUCUAGUGGCAUCCCUGAUCUACUGAAUAAGUUGAGCCUCGCACCAGACUUCUAUGUGGAGAUGAAAUGGGAGUUUACUAGCUGGGUGCCGCUCGUGUCUAGAAUGUGUCCUUUUGAUACAUACAAGGUGUACAAACGUGGUGCUAACGUGCGGGUCGAUACUACACUGGUGGGCUUCGAGAACAACAAAUGGCAGAGAGGAGAUAGGACUUAUAUAUUUAGAGGACAAGGUCGCAGCGCAAGUCUGGUGGAGCUUGAUCAUGAGGCUGGUACGUCGUGGUGUGAGUACUUGGAAGGAGGGGGCUCACGAGUGGGAGGGGGGCAGGUGCCCGCGCCGCACGUGAUCGAACAGAGACUGGCUGUUCCUAUAGCCAUCAACUAUCUUGAUACGGACAAGAUUAGCUUUGAAAGAAAUAAAAGCGGUAUAUGGGGCUGGAGGCAGGACAAGAGUGAGACAGUGAACGGGUACGAGUGUAAGGUGUUCAGCGCGAACAACGUGGAGCUGGUGUCCAAGACGAGGGCGGAGCACCUGCCGCGGGGGGAGCGCCGCCCGCACGCCGCGCGGCCCCCGCUGGCGGGCCUGCUGGCGCUCGCUGACGACGAACACUCGGCUAACACUACUACUACCACCAGCCCGCUGCUCACACCUGAUAAGGAGGACACGCCCCGCCGCAGCAGGUCCCGCGAGGAGCUCCGCCCCGUCAGCUGGGAGGAGUACUUCGGGGACGGAGACGAGAGGGAGCUGCGCCCCCGGGACGUUACUACCAAGGUGCAGAAGUUCAGGGCCACGCUCUGGCUGUGUGAGGACUACCCCUUAGAGCUCCAAGAGCAGAUCAUGCCUAUCCUGGACCUGAUGGCGGCCAUCUCGUCGCCUCACUUCGCCAAGCUGAAGGACUUCGUGCAGAUGCAGCUACCGGCAGGCUUCCCUGUUAAGAUCGAGAUACCUCUAUUCCACGUGUUAAACGCUCGCAUCACGUUCGGCAACAUCUUCGCCACCGAGUGUCCGGUGGAGCACGUAGAGUGUAUACAGGAGGGGGAGAGGUUGUCGUGUGUGGUGGAUGAUAGGUGCUUCAGUGUGGGCGGAGGGUACAGCGACGCGGCCGGACCGGACGACCAUAGGGAUGACGAGGGACUGCUGCGGUACGCGAUACAACAGAGUCUGAUGGACGCGGGCACACAUGAUGAACAGGUGGACGUGUGGGAGGCUCUCCGCGGCGCUCGCUGUACGUCCCCGGUAGCACCCCGGCCCCGCUCGCCGCCCGCUCUACUGGCGCACGAGGAUCACUACCUACAGAGGUACACACAUACAACAAACAUACAUACCUAUAGUUUACAUAGCAUGAGUUACUGA